AAUAAUUUCACCAUGGAUAAUGCGACACACUCUCAAAACGCGCAACAUUAUGGUGAUUUGAAAAUCGCCCAGCAACAUAUUUCCGACUUUUUGGGUGCUAAAAAGGUGCCACCUACCGGUGCCAAUAGCAUGGCUGUGCCCGCAAAUGCCGAGUUUGUGAACUUCCGGGACAUUCCCAUUAAAUUAGCCGAAAAGAACAUUCAGUCCACUAAUGAUAUCUAUGAGAAACAAAUAUAUGUGGAUGAAUUAACUCGAUUACUGAAGGGUCGCCAAUACGUUGACCAACAUUUGCGCGCAUUUGUGGAUAGCGUGCACCACAUGACCCGUUUGGACACCAAUGCUCUGUUGAAUAGCAAACUCGAGUUAUCCGAAGACAUGACUUGUUAUAAGAAGUUUGUCGACACCUUCCACAAUAAGUGCUUUAAUAUGAACAAGAAUACUUAUGCAUUCAGCAAGAUCCAUGUGUUUAACAACAUUUGUAAUCAAAUGAUCAAUGACAAUCAUGUUGAUGUUGCCGUUGCCUUUUUGGAACAGUAUUGUACCCAGAAUGGUGUAUCAGGGUACAUGUCAAACAUUGAAUAAAUCUAUAACACUGU